AUGUGUGAGGAAUAUGCGAGGGCACACGGCCUCCUGUAUAAUGCUCAGAAAAGCGAGCUUCUGGUAUUUAAAACCAGGGGUCGUACGCUGGGAAAUGUGGCACCUGUGCUGUUUAACGGUGUCGCACUUCGAAGAGUGUCUGAGUUUAAAUACCUUGGUCAUAUCGUCACCGAGGAUUUAAAUGAUGAUAGUGACAUUGAAAGAGAAAGAAGGGCGAUGGCGGUCCGCUGUAAUAUGUUGGCACGCAGAUUUGCGAGGUGUAGUAUAGAUGUGAAGAUCACUCUGUUUAAAGCAUUCUGCCAAGGUCUCUGCACCUGCAACCUGUGGGUCAGCUAUACUCAGCGGGCCAUCAACGCACUCAGAGUCCAAUAUAAUAACGCGUUCAGGGUGCUGGUGGGGCUCCCACGCUAUUGUAGUGCGUCUGCGAUGUUUGUACAUGCGCACACAGAUGGUUUUUACCGGCGCCGCAUUGCUUCGCUGAUGCUUCGUGCGCGUGGGAGUGCCAACACCAUCCUGGGUGUGCUCAGUCACAAAUUGGACAGCCCCUUCUGCGGCACUGGGUUCAAACACAGGUGCAUGUACCUGGGGCCCCGGUAG